UAACAAAAUCAAGCUUUACAAGUGACUGCUUCCUUUAAGUGUGUCACCUUCCUGAAGAGCUGGAAGUUCAUCACUAAAGCUUUGAUUUUGACAAAACUUGAGUAUCUCAAUUUCUGCUGGAACAACAUCUUCACCGAGAGCUUGAAACUGACUCUUCAAAACUAACAUGGGGCAACUUUGUGGUGUAGAAAAGUCACUAGAGGAAAACACCACCAGCUGCACAACCGACAGAAAGAAGGGUGAGGAAAAUACUCCAGGAAGCAGCACUGAUGAGGCUCAGGACAGUCCUGCUGUCUGCAGUGAUGUUGCAGAAAACCCAUCAGAAGAAGAAGAAAACAGCAAACUGUCGCUGAUCUCCUGGAACGUGGAUGGGCUUGACGGAGAGGAACAGCCUGAGAGAAUGAGAAGCCUCUGCUCUUACUUGAUCUCACACUCCCCUGACGUGGUGUUUCUUCAGGAGCUCAUCCCUUCUUACAGCCGCUUCAUGAAGAAACAACUGGCGGCCAAAUACAACUUCAUUGAAGGUGGAACUAUAAAUUACUUCACUGGGAUAUUGUUGAAGAAGUCUCGAAUCACACUCCUGGACAGUGAGAUAGUCGCCUAUCCAACCACUCAGAUGCAGAGGAACUUGCUUGUCGCUCAGGUGCUGUUCAAAGGCCAGAAGCUUUGUCUGAUGACGUCCCACUUAGAGAGCUGUGAGCCCAGUGCGGCAGAGCGGAUGAGACAGCUGCGACUGGUGAUGAAGAGGAUGACAGAGGCGCCUGCUGAUGUCACUGUUCUGUUCGGAGGAGACACCAACCUGACGGAUGAUGAGGUGACUGAAGUUGGCCUUCCUGGUUGCGUCUGUGAUGUGUGGGAGCAGCUGGGAGAGCCGGAGAAUUGCCGCUACACAUGGGACCCUCAGGUCAACACCAACAAAAAUAUUCAGUUUAAGCGUCAGUUCCGCUUUGACCGACUUUACCUGCGCCCGGCUGCCCAGGAUGGGGUCCCGCAGCUGGAACCCGACAGCAUGGCCUUGAUAGGGCUGGAGAAGCUGGAGUGUGGGCGCUUCACCAGCGAUCACUGGGGGAUCCUCUGUACAUUCUCUGCUGAGUAGAAAUACACAAAACAAGUUAAAAGCCUUUCAGGUGUCUUGCCGUGUACGUUAUAAUUCUCAAAAUGUACAAUCUCUGUCUGUACACUGAUGUUUUUGAGUGCAAGCUGUGACAAGCCUGGGUUCAGACUACAGUGAUGGUUCCUCUGUGAAAGUUGCUCUUUGGCUUCAUCUCAGAUUGGUUUGUAAUUUUUGCGUCAUGAUCUGAUGCCUGGAUGUAACAGCUCACGCUGUUUGUCCAGGCAUUUUACUGCUUCAACAACCCCAAACUAAAUAAUAUUAAAAGCAUGAAAAAGUA